CCGCGGCGCCGGCGGUCGGAGCCCGCAUCUCGGGCACGGGGACUAGCGCCGACGCGGGGGCGGCGGCAGCGCGGAGGUCUCGGUCCCGCAAGACGCGGACGGCGCCGGGCGAGCGCGCGAGCGAGGACUGCGCCGAGCCCGGGGACCCCGCCGGCCCCAGCUCCGGCCCAGCGCGCCGCAGCCCGCAGCAUCCCCGCCUGCGCCCCGCGGCACGCGCGCCACGGCCAUGAACACCAGCGAUGCCAAGGAGUACCUGGCCCGGAGGGAAAUCCCUCAGCUCUUCGAGAGCCUUUUGAAUGGAUUGAUGUGUUCUAAGCCAGAAGACCCAGUAGAGUACCUGGAAGGUUGUUUACAGAAAGUAAAGGAGCUCGGAGGCUGUGACAAGGUGAAAUGGGAUACGUUUGUCAGCCAAGAGAAGAAGACCUUACCUCCUCUGAAUGGAGGACAGCCGCGGAGAUCCUUUCUAAGAAAUGUAAUGCCUGAAAAUUCAAACUUUUCAUAUCGGCGGUAUGAUCGGCUCCCUCCAAUCCAUCAAUUCUCCAUAGAAAGUGACACGGAUCUUUCUGAGACUGCAGAGUUAAUUGAGGAGUAUGAGGUUUUUGAUCCUACUAGACCUCGACCAAAAAUCAUUCUUGUCAUAGGUGGUCCAGGAAGUGGAAAGGGUACUCAAAGUUUGAAAAUUGCAGAGCGUUAUGGAUUCCAGUACAUUUCAGUGGGAGAAUUACUAAGAAAGAGGAUCCACAGUGCCAGCAGCAGUAGGAAAUGGAGUCUCAUUGCCAAGAUCAUUACAACGGGAGAGUUGGCCCCACAGGAAACAACAAUUACAGAGAUAAAACAAAAAUUGAUGCAAAUCCCUGAUGAAGAGGGCAUUGUUAUCGACGGCUUCCCGAGAGAUGUGGCCCAGGCUCUGUCUUUUGAGGACCAAAUCUGUACUCCGGACCUGGUGGUGUUUCUGGCUUGUGCUAAUCAAAGGCUCAAAGAAAGAUUACUGAAACGCGCAGAACAGCAGGGAAGGCCAGACGACAAUCUCAAAGCUACCCAAAGGAGACUAACUAACUUCAAGCAGAAUGCUGCUCCGUUGGUCAAAUACUUCCAGGAAAAGGGGCUCAUCGUGACAUUCGAUGCCGACCGAGAUGAGGACGAGGUGUUCUAUGACAUCAGUGUGGCAGUUGACAGCAAGUUGUUUCCAAACAAAGAGGCUGCGGCAGGUUCAAGUGACCUUGAUCCUUCAAUGAUGUUGGACACUGGAGAGAUCAUUGACACAGGAUCUGAUUAUGAAGAUCAGGGUGAUGACCACUUAAGUGUAUUUGGAGAGGAUACCCUGGGAGGCUUCAUGGAAGAUUUGAAGAAGUGCAAAAUUAUUUUCAUGAUUGGUGGCCCUGGCUCUGGCAAAGACACACAAUGUGGAAAGCUGGUGGAAAAAUAUGGAUUUACGCAUCUCUCGACUGGUGAACUCCUGCGUCAUGAACUGGCUUCAGAAUCUGAAAGAAGCAAAUUGAUCCGAGAUGUCAUGAAGCGUGGAGACCUGGUCCCCUCAGGCAUCAUUUUGGAGCUCCUGAAGGAGGCCAUGGUGGCCAGCCUCGGUGACACCAAGGGCUUCCUGAUUGACGGCUAUCCUCGGGAAGUGAGGCAAGGGGAAGAGUUCCGACACAGGAUUGGAGACCCACACCUGGUGAUCUGCAUGGACUGCUCAGCAGACACCAUGACCAACCGCCUUCUCCAACGGAGUCAGGGCAGCCCGCAGACGGACGAUGCCCCCAAGACCAUCGCCAGGCGCCUGGAGGCCUACUACAGAGCGGCCAUCCCAGUGAUCGCCUACUAUGAGAUGAGAACACAGAUACGGAAGAUAAAUGCAGAGGGAACACCAGAGGAAGUUUUUCUUCAACUCUGCAAAGCUAUUGACUCUAUUUUUUGAAGGUGAAAAUGCACAUUCGUUAAGGAGAGUGGAAAUAAAAACAUGAAAAGGUUCAUCCCUUAA